ACUCACUCCUUUGACAGAUCAUCCAUCAUGUGAGCAUUGGUCACCACUGUUUUUGCCUUUUUUUGUGUGUUGUGGUUCUGCUUUUCUCUCAUUUUCCUUUUGAACUUUUCUUGGUUCCUAACCGUAUCAUUCUUUCCCUUUCUUCACCUUUCUCAUCUUCUCUUUAUUUGGUUUUGAACCUGUAAAUCACUCUCACAAAACUCUCUCUAUCUCUCUUCUCUCUUGAAUUCAGUCAUGGAAAGUGAGACUACUGUUGUUUCAGAUCAUUCUUCUGCUCCAGCCGAGCAAAUCGAGAAGGUGAAUGAAGAGGUUAAAAAAAUCGAACAGGAGGGUUUGCCUCCAUCCAAGGGAAGUGAAGAGGAAGAAAAGCCGAAAUCUAAGGAAUUGCCAAGUCAGCCUGCCCCUUUGUCUGAAUCGGAAGAAAAAAUUGAAGAUAAGCAGAUUGAGCCUCCUCUAGCUGAAGAGGUAAAGAAAAUUGAUGGAACUCCCGUUUUGGAUGUUUCAGUUGAAGAUAAAGCAGACACCUUUAUUGUUUCCGAAUCAAUAGCAGCCGAAAAACAGCCACAAGAGGAACCAGAAGUUGAGAAACAACUGGAAGAGGCACCAAAGAUGGAAGAUGUCACUAAGCCAUCAGUUGUCGAUGACAGCACUAAAAGCCAACCACAGGAGGAACCGGUAAGGGAAUCUGUUGAAAAGGAAGCGCAAGAGCCCCAGCCAGUGGAGGUUGUUGAGAAGGAACUCGAGGUGGAGCCAAAAAUAGGUGAUAACCCCAAACCAUCAGUUGAAGUAAUUGAGGAAACAGCAAAAGUGGAGGUUUUACCUGUCAAGGAAUCAGAAACAGUAGUUGUGAAAAAUACAGAUAUUUCCGAAGUGGAGGCUAAGAAAGAAAUUCCAGCAACAGUAGUAGCGAAAGAUAUUGAUAUUUCAGAAGCGGAACCUAAGAAGGAAGAAAUUCAGGAACCAGUGCCGGAUGUGGAUGAUAAGCCACAAGAACAAUCCGAAGUUUCUGAACAAGUUGAGAAAGAAUGUGCAGAGGUUGAGACUAAAGAAAGUGUCAUAGAAAAAGAGGAAGAGACUUCACAAGAGCAACCGCCAAAAGAGGUGGUUGAGAAGCAAGCCGAGGAGGAGCCAAAAAUAGCUGAUACCCCUGAACCGCCAGUUGAAGUUGUUGAGAAAACAGAAGAAGCAGAGGUUCUACCUGUCAAGGAAUCAGAAACAGUAGUCGCGAAAGAUAUUGAAAUUUCAGAACUGGAGCCUAAGAAGGAAGAAAUUCGGGAAUCAAUGCCAGAAGUAGAGGAUAAACCACAAGAACAGUCUGAAGCUGUUGAACAAGUUGAGAAAGAAUGUGCAGAGGUUGAACCCAAGGAGAGUGUGAAGGUUGAAAUAGUGAAAGAGGAAGAGACUUUGGCUGAUAAGAUUGAGCAAAUCACUAAAGAGGAACCUAUUGUGACAGAAAGUUCAGAUCAAAUUACAUCAACCAAUGUGGAAGCUCAAGUUGAUACAAAUGUUGUAGAAAAAGAAAUAGUAGGUGAGAAAGAGAAAGAACUGAAUGGAACCGAGGUGGUUGAAGGUGUAUCAAAACAGGAAGUUGUGGAACCAGGAAAGGUUGAAUUAGAGAGUGAAGGAAAGAAUGUUGAAACUGAAGAGAACAAAGAGAAAGAAGGCAUGACUGAGGAAUUAGACAAGCCUAAAGUAGACAAAGUUGAGGAUGUCGUUACUUCAAGAGACAUUGAACUUGUUGCUGAAAAUGGAAAAGAAAGCAUAAAAGAUGAGACUGUCGCUUCAGUUGAAACAGAGAAAAAUGGAGAGGUGGAGGGAGAGGAAGUCACACCUACUACUGUCAAAGAACCAGUUGAAGAGCCCAAGAAACCAGAGUCAGAAGUGAAAGGAGAGGAAAAUGUACAAACCAGUGAAACCAACCUGGAGAAAGUAAAAGAAACUAGUGAGAUAGCAAAACCUGAUGUUCCAGAUCCUCCCAAAGAAGAGGUUUCGACAAAGCCUACUUCGAAACAAUCAAAUAACCUUAUAGCAAAGGUGAAGCAAUCGCUAGUGAAGGCAAAGAAAGCCAUCAUCGGAAAAUCACCCAACUCAAAAACAGUCUCUUCUGAAACCAAAGGUGACGUUAAAGACAAAUAAUUGGGCGAAAAUGCAAGGAUUUCCUAAAGCCCGGUAUCUUUAAUUGUUUUGUGUAUAGUGAAUUUGUUUGGUUGUGCAAUGUUUGUCGAUUUCUGUUGGUCAUUUGGCUUGUUUGUGUGACUAGCUAGUGUGUUUAUAGACAUUAUACAGAGUGGUUUAUUGGUUUAUUCAACAUUGUGAAGUUUUAGGCAGAGAAUUUUUUUUUUUGGUAUUUUUUUUCCUUCUUUCUGUUCAUUCUUUUCAAGGCCUGUAUGUAAUAGUCUGUGUGCUGGUUUUCAGUUGUUUGAGAAUUGGAGAUGAUAUAUAGAAUUCUGUUACAGUUGUGAUUAUUGCUUUCA